AUGAAAAUACUAUCAACCGUGAACAUAGUGGUGAAUCGGUUCUUUAAAACGAUCCAGUCCUUGAGCUCAAUACCAAUUGUUGAGUGGUUGCUUCGAAGUUUGGCCUUCUCCCAGGCCAUCUUACCAAGCGGCUGGCCAGAAAAUUACAAUGUAAAAGAUGGUGACACAUUUGACUUCAUAGUAGUUGGAAGUGGCUCUGCGGGUGCCAUAGUGGCCGCUCGACUUUCCGAAAUACCACAAUUUAACGUGCUACUCGUUGAAGCUGGAGGGGAUCCCCCGGUUACAAGCGUGGUGCCAGGAUUAUUCCUACUACUUCAAGAUACGGAAUAUGACUGGAAGUAUCGUGCUAAUCUCGACGAAGGUGUCGGCUUGGCUCAUCCCGAUGGAAUCAUAAAGUACACUCGAGGAAAAGUUCUUGGCGGAUGCUCAUCUACCAACUAUCUUUUAUAUGUUAGGGGCGUCCCUCAGGAUUACGAAGAGUGGGGUAAAAUAGCUCCUGGGUGGAGUUGGGACACAGUACUCCCCUACUUCAAGAAAUUGGAAGGAAUGAUGGACACCACGUUAUUCGAAUAUCCAGACAACGCAUAUCUACAUUCACCUGACGGACCGGUAAAAAUAUCUAGACCAGUGACAUAUAGUUCAACUGCUAUUAUUGACGAUAUCAGACUAAAUUCGUACGCAGAAAUGGGUAUUAAAACAAUUCUUGAAUUGAAUGGUCCGGAAAUUUUUGGAGCUACAAGACUCCAUUUGAAUAUUUUCAAUGGUAGAAGAUCUAGCACGGCCGAAGCUUACUUAAGACCUGCAAAAGAUAGAUCCAAUCUAAAGGUAGCAAAAUAUGCAACUGUAACCCGAGUUUUGAUUGAUUCUCAAACAUUAGUAGCGUAUGGUGUAGAAAUCGCCAAAGCUGACAAAACUUUAAUCAAAGUGUAUGCAAAAAAAGAAGUAAUUCUUUCAGCUGGUGUAAUAAAUAGUCCAAAAAUACUACUGCAGUCGGGCAUAGGUCCAAUAGAUGAACUGGUAAAACAUGGUAUAGAUUUUAUAUUAGACUUACCUGUAGGAAAAAAUUUUCAUGACCAUCAAAUGUUGCUAAUGCCAGUUAAAGGGCAAUUAGGUUUAAAUACUGCCUCUGAAAAUAUCUUAGUGGCAUCACGGCUAGACACCGUUCCUAUACCUUUACAAAGUGGUUUAUUCAGACUCAACGAUACUUUAUUUAGUUAUCCAAGCAAAUUACAGCCACAUUUCCAGUUUUUUAACACUUAUAUUGGAGCCGCUGUUAGUCCCCUCAUUUUUAUAGGGUGUAAAACAAUAUUUAAUCUUGACAAUUCAUUCUGUGCCAGCUUAAGCAAAGCAAAUGCCUUAAAUGAAAUUGAUUUUAUUUUAUUGGUUCUUUUACAUCCUUUAUCAAGAGGUGAAAUAACUUUGAAAAGUAGCAAUUAUUUUGAUGAUCCUAUAAUUAAUUUAGGAUGUUAUAGAAACGAAUAUGAUCUUGUUGCUGCAACAGAAGGGCUAAAAUAUAUGAGCGGGUUAGCGAAAACGUCACAUUUUAGGAAAGUAAAUGGUAAAGUUGCCAAACUUCGUGUUAAAGGUUGUGACAAUUUUAAGUGGGGAUCAGAUGAAUACUGGAGAUGUUAUGCUAAGAAUAGUGUAACUGCUUUUCAGCAUGGAGUAGGUACAUGCAGUAUGGGCGCCAAUGGAGUGGUUAACGAGAGGUUGAUGGUUCAUAACGUAGGUAGAUUAAGAGUGGUUGAUGCGUCGAUUAUGCCAAAGAUCCCAAGUGGUAACACUAAUACACCAGUUAUGAUGAUCGGAGAAAAGGCUUCUGAUAUAAUUAAAAUUGAUCAUGGCGUUAACGUACGUCCACGAUGUUUUUAA